AUUUUAUUUUAUUUUAUUAUUUCUCUUCAGCCGAAUUCUGUGUCUCAGGUACAUUUGCUGCUGCCGCUGCCAUGGUUCUCAAGACUGAACUUUGUCGCUUUAGCGGGGCAAAGAUAUACCCUGGUAAGGGCAUCAGAUUUGUUCGCUCAGAUUCCCAGGUAUUCCUCUUUGCCAAUUCAAAAUGCAAGAGGUACUUCCACAACCGAUUGAAGCCCUCAAAGCUAACUUGGACAGCCAUGUACAGGAAGCAACAUAAGAAGGAUAUUGCUGCUGAAACCGUUAAGAAGAGACGUCGCGCUACAAAAAUGCCUUACUCUAGGUCUAUAGUUGGUGCUACUUUGGAAGUCAUACAGAAGAGGCGAACUGAGAAGCCUGAAGUACGUGAUGCUGCAAGAGAGGCUGCACUCCGUGAAAUUAAGGAGAGAAUUAAGAAAACGAAGGAUGAAAAGAAGGCCAAGAAGGCUGAGGUAAUGGCAAAGACACAAAAGACCCAGAGCAAAGGUAGCUUGCCCAAAGGUGCUGCACCAAAGGGCCCCAAGCUUGGGGGUGGUGGAGGGAAGCGCUGAGAUCCUUAUGUCCUCAUAAUAUUAGUUGAUAAAAAAGUUUUGGAUUAGAGAUCUUACUUGCAUCAAUCAGUUUUUCUUAGAUUUUUGUCUUCUAAGAGUUCAGCGAAUUUUGUUUUUUCUUGGAUUUGACUGUAUAAAUUGAAUGAUGAUUUAUCAAUUGCAAUUCUGCCUGGAUGAAUGAACUGGAAUGAGAGUUAUCAGCUA